UCUCUCUCUCUCUCCCUCUCUCAAUCGAUUUUUUCUUACAGUUGCUUUCCUUUCUCUCUCUACCGCUAUCCAUUAACACACUCAUACAGUGAAAGUUAUACGUACAAUUACUGUAUGUAUUUUAUGUAUUAUUAAAUUCGCACACUGAUAAUUAUCACGGGAAAAGUUGGGUUUUUUUAAUCUUUGCCUAUUGCCACACUGCAAUCGAAGAGAUAUAGCUUCAGUGGUGGUGAAAUGAGUCGGCUCAGUGGUUUGGAGGGGUUGAUUGAGUACUAUUCGAUGAGAAAUUGUGAUGCCAAGCAUGGAUUGUUGGGUCUAGGGUUUGGUUUAUUUCCUGUUUGUGGAAAUUGGGUUUUUGUGUGAAUGUGGUUUAGGGGUUUCUGUGGUUAAUGUUUGAGUUUUAGGGCUUUCUGUUUGGGUGAAUUGAGUUAGGAAAGGUAGCUAUUUUAGGGUCAGUGAAGGAUGGAUGAUGUGCGUCAGCAGUUGCAGCAGAAACCUGAGAGCACAGAGAACGAUACUCGUUCAGAAUUCGAGAGGGGUUUGGAGGAGCUUAUGAAUGGGCAUUAUGAUGAGUACAUGUCCUUUGCUUCCUGUAGCACUCCCCGAACAACUACUACUGAGGAAGAGGAGGAUGAAGGGGAGCAGCUCAUCAGGAGGAGGAGGAGGUCGGAUCUCGAUGGGGAUGACCUGGCGGAAUCUUCUGCUGCCAGGAGGCGUCACUCUAGGAUUUUGAGCAGGUGGGCUGCCAGGCAGGCGCAGGAGAUGAUGACUACGAUGGAGAGGAGGAACCGUGAGUCAGAGCUGAUGGCGCUUGCGGGCUUGCAUACAGUGUCAAUGCUUGACUCGUCGUUCCUGAGGGAGACAGAGUCUCCGACUUCGAGGCGUCAGGGGAAUGUGGAGACGCUCAGCACCCGAGCCUCAUCUAUCUUGCAGAUGUGGCGGGAGUUGGAGGAUGAGCAUGUGCUGGACCGUACUCGGGGGAGAGUAAGAGAGAGGCUGAGGCAGCAGAGGAGUGUCGGUUCUAACACAAAUGCGUCUAUAAAUACUGAAGAAGGCAGGGAGGGUGAGAAUCAGGGUAGUCUGGUUGAUGCUACUGAGAGUGAGAAUGAUUAUGCUACCUGGACGCAUGAUCAGUUGGGCCCUCAAAAUGAGAAUAGAGACCAUGACAGUUCUAGUCGUGAGCAAUCACCUGACCUUGGAGAAGUUGAAAGGGAAAGAGUGAGGCAUAUUGUUCGUGGAUGGAUGGAGAGUGGUAUUAGUGAUACUUCCUCCAAUCUUAUACAGCGGAAUGAUAGUCCAAGAGCUGAAUGGCUUGGAGAAACGGAGCGUGAGAGGGUUAGGAUUGUGAGGGAGUGGAUGCAAAUGACAAGUCAGCAAAGAGGGUCACGCAGUGGACGGAGGGAAGAACGGGAUCGGGAUACUAGGACUGGCAACCAAGGUGAUGGUGCUCGUGAAGGGUCUGCUGCUAAUCAUGAAGAAAGUCAGCCAGAGCAUAUACGCAGGGAUCUUUUGAGGUUAAGAGGACGGCAAGCUUUGCUUGAUCUGCUUGUGAGGGUUGAAAGGGAAAGGCAGCGGGAACUUCAGGGUUUGCUUGAACAUCGCGCUGUAUCUGAUUUCGCUCACCGCAAUCGUAUUCAGUCACUUCUUAGAGGCCGGUUCUUGAGAAACGAGAGGCCUGUUGAGGAAGAGAGACCACCUUCAGUGGCGGCUGGUGAGUUGAAUCAAUUAAGACAGCGAAAUACGGUCUCUGGAAUGAGGGAAGGGUUCCGUUCCAGAUUGGAAAGUAUAGUUCGUGGACAAGUAAGCAGCCAUCCAGAGACUUCUCCUAACAGUGGCAACAUUGAUUCUAGAAACGAUCAGAGUAAUACAAAUGCUUCACACGAAGUGCCUCAUGGAAAUCAAGAAAUUGGUGCUCAAUUUACAGAUCGAAUGGGGAAUAUGGAUCGGAGUCCUGCUGUUCAAAUUACAAUUCAACAUGUUGCACCUGAUCAAGGAAGGAAUAGACAAGGUCAGAUCGCUGGAGAUGAGAGAACAAAUGUACAACAAUCUGCACAGAAUGACUCUAUUGGACGUAUAUAUGCUUCAGAUGGCAUAGGACGAGAUGUGCAGCAAAAUCCUGCAUCCGACUGGCCAUCUGAAGAAGCAGUGGCCCAAGAUGGAGGACAGCGUCAUUUACCACAAAGCCAUGAGGUUUGGCCUGAUGAUGGCUCACGAGAGGCCGUGGACAAUUGGUCGGAAGGGCCUUCAGACCCUCCAAGAAUGCGACGAUCAGUUCCUUCUAGGAGAGCCACCAGGUUCCAUCCUCCAGAUGAUGAUAAUGUGUACAGCAUGGAACUCAGGGAACUACUGAGCAGGAGGAGUGUUUCCAAUCUUCUUCGUAGUGGUUUCCGUGAGAGCCUCGAUCAGUUGAUUCAGUCAUAUGUGGAAAGGCGAGGAGGGGCUCCUAUUGAUUGGGAUCUCCACAGGAACUUGCCCCUUCCUCCAUCACCUGAGAGGGAUGACGACCAAGAGAAUGACGAGCCGAACGAAGAUCCACGCGAUGCCACUGCUAGACCUUCGCUAGUUUUACCUACUCCACCAGCACCACCACCACAACCUCUUUGGCACCAGGAAUUGCACCAUUCUGGAUGGUCUCGUCAUAGUGCUCAUCGUUCAGAGCUUCAGGAAUGGGAGAUGAUGAAUGAUCUACGAGCUGACGUUGCCAAACUACAGCAAGGAAUGAAUCACAUGCAGCGGAUGUUGGAAGCUUGCAUGGAUAUGCAACUGGAACUCCAACGAUCGGUCAGACAGGAAGUUUCCGCUGCUCUCAAUCGAUCACCUGGUGGACAAGGGGCUGCUGAGACAUCAGACGACGGGUCAAGAUGGGGCAACGUGAGAAAGGGCACCUGCUGUGUCUGCUGCGAUAAUCACAUUGAUGCCCUACUGUACAGAUGUGGGCAUAUGUGCACGUGCUCGAAAUGUGCAAACGAGCUGGUACGCGGAGGAGGGAAAUGUCCGUUGUGUCGAGCGCCCAUUGUCGAGGUGAUUAGAGCUUACUCCAUACUGUAAAAAAAGAUGUAGAGAGGAAGAAAUAAGGGAGGUUUAAACAACUGUGGUAAGAUAUAUGGUGGAGUAUGGAACAACAAUUGGCACUAAUUGCUUCCUCAUUCAAUUCGUAUAUAAAUUAAUGCCAAUUCUUUUUAA